AUGAUCAAUGAGUAUCUCUCAUAUGAAGAGAUACAGGCGGCUAGUGAGGAAAGGGAUACCGAGGCGAGCGGAUUUGACCCAAUUAGUGAAGACGAGGAAGGAGGAGAGGAGGGUUCUAUUCGGACACAGUGCCCUAAUCAAGCUCCUAGUGAGCGAAGCCAAAGUAAACGGCGACUGAGUGUUAGAUCUACACCAGAAGAGAGAAACAGAGAUGACGAUGAAGAUGUAAGAGAUCUUCCGCCACCUGAUAUGCAGCAGCGGUCCGGAAACGAUCAAGACUUCUUGAUGGAUAUGAAACACCAUAAGUAG